AUGGCCAUCAUAGUGGGUGUCUUGGCCCUGCAGGGUGGCUUCGCCGAGCAUGUCUCGAUGCUGGAGAAAACAGCAGCACAACUCGUCGAAACGGGCGUUACGACAACAGUGGUCAGCAUCAUGGCGAUCCGCACGCCCAAAGAACUUGCCAGAUGCAAUGCUCUUGUCAUCCCGGGCGGUGAAAGUACCACAAUGGCACUUAUUGCGUCGCGGUCGGGUCUGUUGGAGCCACUUCGCAACUUUGUCCGGUGCGUGCAGGCGUUCCUGUUUGGAAAGAAACCCAACGGUUUCGAUCGUCUCUAA